AGACUCAUUUUCACGCGGGAUUUCGCGUGAGUUAAAGCAAGAUGGCUGCGCUCAUGUUGCACGAUUUCAUCAACGAAGUUCGAGUUCCGCUUGGUGGAGACAAAAUCUUUAAAGAUGAAUGUGCCUUUUCCUUUGACAACCCCGAGAGUGACACAGGUCUCUAUGUCUGCAUGAAGACAUUUCUCGGCUUUGGCAAGGAGCACGUUCUGAGGCACUUCCACCACACAGGAAACAAAGUCUACCUCCAUCUCAAGACAGUCAAAAAGAAGAAGCCCAAGACACAGGAGGAGGAAGAAAAGCCCAAACCUACUAGAUUAGCAAUAGGUGUGGAGGGUGGCUUUGAUGUGGAGGAUCAGAACCAGUAUGAAUAUGAAGAGCACAACUCGGUGGUCAUCUUGCCAGACUACUUGGUGGUUCCACUGCCUGACCAAGACAUUCCUCUCAAGGUGCAGCAGGCCGUGACUGGGAUCCUUGCCGCUGAGUCGGCUUCUAGGCAGGAGCAAGUUGCUGCUUGGGAUGGAGAGGCACGUAAGGUCUCAAAACAUGCAGAAAACCUACUGCAGUUGGACAAUGGGGUCAAGGUGCCCCCUAGAGGCUGGAAGUGUAGCCGGUGUGACUUGACUGACAAUCUCUGGAUGAACCUGACGGACGGGGCUAUCCUGUGUGGACGGCGCUACUUUGAUGGAUCGGGGGGCAAUAACCAUGCCUUGGAGCAUUUUGGAGAAUUGAAGUAUCCACUGGCGGUCAAGUUGGGUACCAUCACUGCAAACGGUGCAGAUGUGUUUUCCUACGAUGAGGAUGACAUGGUGGAGGAUCCCAAGCUAGCCCAGCACUUGGCUCAUUUUGGAAUCAACAUGAUGAUCAUGGAAAAGACGGAUAAGACCAUGACAGAGCUGGAGAUUGACCUGAACACCAAGGUGGCUGAGUGGGAUGUGAUUCAGGAGGCUGGCAGCAAGCUGACGCCGCUGUAUGGAUCAGGCUACACGGGCAUCAGGAACCUGGGCAAUAGUUGCUACAUGAACUCAGUGAUGCAAGUUGUGUUCACAAUCCCAGAUUUUAUUCAAAAAUAUGCAAAUCAAACUGAAGUUAUCUUCUCAACCCCAGUGCAAGAUCCUACGUCAGACUUCAACAUCCAAAUGUCCAAGUUGGGCCACGGUCUUCAAUCGGGCAAGUAUUCCAAGGAGCCUCAGAGUAUUGAUGAGAGUGGUGAACCCCAGGAAUUGAGUCAGGAAGGCAUCACACCGCGAAUGUUCAAGGCUCUGAUUGGACGAGGCCAUCCCGAGUUCUCCACCAAUCGGCAGCAGGAUGCGGAAGAGUUCUUACUUCAUCUCUCCAACAUCAUUGAGCGCAAUAGUGUCGGCAGUAACAACCCGUGCGAUUGUUUCAAGUUUGAGCUUGAGGAAAGAAUACAGUGUGUGCAAUCAGGCCAAGUCCGCUACAAGAAGCGUUCUGACUUCCUUCUAUCAUUACCGAUACCGCUAGCUGCAGCCAUCAAUAAAGAGGAAGUUGCAGCCUAUGAGGCUAAGAAGAAGGAUCUCGAAGCCAAGAAGCAGCCAGUCGAUCCCAAGGAGCUAGUCCGGCCUCGCAUCCCUGUCUCAGCUUGCCUAGAGGCAUUCAUGGCCCCAGAGACUGUGGAGGAUUUCUUCAGCUCUGCCCUGCAGGCCAAGUCCGUGGCUACUAGGAGUGCAAAGCUGGCAACCUUUCCUGAUUUCCUGGUAAUACAACUGAAGAAGUUCACCCUCUCUGAAAACUGGGUGCCAAAGAAACUUGAUGUUGCAGUUGACAUGCCAGAUGAGUUAGACUUGACUGCUUACAGGGGCAGCGGACUCCAACCAGGGGAGGUGGAGUUACCUGAGGGAGACAGCCCCCCAGAACCAGAGCCAGAGAUUAGUGAGGAGACGGUGCAGCAAUUGAUGGACAUGGGUUUUGCCAGGGAGGGAUGCAAGAAGGCUGUCUACCACACCAAGAACUCUGGGGUGGAUGCUGCCAUGAACUGGGUCUUCCAACAUAUGUCUGAUGCAGAUUUCGCAGAGCCAUUGCAGCUAGCAGGGCCCAAGAAAGCGCCAGAGUUUGUCGUGAACGAAGACAGCAUAGCGAUGAUCUUGAGCAUGGGAUUUGGCAGAGAUCAAGCCAUCAGAGCACUCAAAGCAACGGAUAACAACAUAGAGCGAGCAGCUGAUUGGAUAUUCAGUCACCUGGAUGAUCCAGUCGCCAUGGAAACAGGCCAAGCUGAAGCCCAGCCUGCUGUCCAACGAUGCCGCGACGGGAACGGAAAGUAUCGGUUGAUGGCCUUCAUCAGUCACAUGGGAACAUCCACCUCCUGUGGCCACUACGUCUGUCACAUCUUCAAAGAUGGCAGAUGGGUCAUCUACAAUGAUCGUAAAGUUGCAAUGUCUGCGCAUCCCCCUAAGGACCUUGGCUACUUGUACUUCUAUCAACGUCUAUAAAAAUGUCAACUGUAUGACACCAUGCAAACACCAAUCUUAAUAAUGCAUUGCCUUGACCAAUAAGUGUUCAGUAGGUCUUGUGACCAUGAGACUUUCAAAAGUUCUCGUUUGUAAGUUUGGUGUUGUCACUGAGUAGGAUAACACUUAAAGGGACAUUACAGGCUGGAAUGCAUCCAAUUGGGCUACAAAACGCAUUUUAAACAAAAUGAUCUUAAAUGGAAAGCGCUUUAAAAGUAGAAUUAAAUGUCCACACAACCAUCCUUUAAAAA